AGUGGGAGGGGGCGGGGGCGCCGUGUGGCCCGGAGUGGGUGUGUGCGGGGGGCCGAAGGCGGCGGCUGUCAGACUCGGCUCAGCCUGCGCCAGGGAACCUCGGCCGCCUCCAGCCCCCGGCGAGGCACGGCGCGGCCCGGCCCGGCCUGGCUGCCUCAGGGCCCUGGUCCUGACCAACGGAGGAGAGGCUUCUCCUUCACUCCACCGAAAGCGCCCUCUUCGGCGCCUCCCGUCAGCAAGGGCCCGCCCCUGUCGGGUGGCCUGUGCGUUGACUUCGGCCUCUAGUGCCGCUGCCCGCACUGCUUGCACUGGGCCCAACCCAGUCCACCCAGCUGAGGCAAGGAGCAGCUGCCUGCCUGCCCUGGCAGCCAUGAGGCUCCAGUGGUGUCCUCUACACACUCCCUUCCCGAUGGCCCCACUCCUUCUCCUCCUCCUCUUCCUCCUGGGAGGAGGGGCAGAGGCUGAGCACCUGGAGGACCCAAAGCUUCGGGUGACGGUGCGUGGGGGCCAGCUGCAGGGCAUCCGCCUGGAGGCCCCUGGGGGCCCUGUCUCUGCUUUUCUGGGCAUCCCCUUCGCAGAGCCACCUGUGGGCUCCCGUCGUUUUCUGCCACCGGAGCCCAAGCAGCCCUGGUCAGGGGUGCUGGACGCCACCGCCUUCCAAAGUGUCUGCUACCAAUACGUGGACACCUUGUACCCUGGCUUUGAGGGCAGCGAGAUGUGGAACCCCAACCGUGAGCUGAGUGAGGACUGCCUCUACCUCAACGUGUGGACACCAUACCCUCGGCCUGCAUCCCCCACCUCUGUCCUCGUCUGGAUCUAUGGGGGCGGCUUCUACAGUGGGGCCUCCUCCUUGGACGUUUAUGAUGGCCGCUUCCUGGCCCAGGCCGAAGGGACUGUGCUGGUAUCCAUGAACUACCGCGUGGGAGCCUUUGGCUUCCUGGCCCUGCCAGGGAGCCGGGAGGCCCCAGGCAAUGUGGGUCUCCUUGAUCAGAGGCUGGCCCUGCAGUGGGUGCAGGAGAAUGUGGCAGCCUUUGGGGGGGACCCAAUGUCAGUGACUCUGUUUGGGGAAAGUGCAGGUGCCGCCUCUGUGGGCAUGCACCUGCUGUCCCCACCCAGCCGGGGCCUGUUCCACAGGGCUGUGCUGCAGAGCGGUGCACCCAAUGGGCCCUGGGCCACGGUGAGCAUGGGAGAGGCCCGCCGCAGGGCCACACUACUGGCCCGCCUCGUAGGCUGUCCCCCAGGUGGGGCUGGUAGCAAUGACACAGAGUUGGUUGCUUGCCUGCGGACACGACCAGCUCAGGACCUGGUGGAUCACGAGUGGCAUGUGCUGCCUCAGGAAAGCAUCUUCCGCUUUUCUUUCGUGCCUGUAGUGGACGGAGACUUCCUCAGUGACACGCCCGAGGCCCUCAUCAACACUGGAGACUUCCACGGCCUGCAGGUGCUGGUGGGUGUGGUGAAGGAUGAGGGCUCCUAUUUUCUGGUUUACGGGGCCCCAGGCUUCAGCAAAGACAACGAGUCUCUCAUCAGCCGGGCCCAGUUCCUGGCCGGGGUGCGGGUCGGGGUCCCCCAGGCAAGUGACCUGGCUGCCGAGGCUGUGGUCCUGCAUUACACAGACUGGCUGCACCCUGAGGACCCGGCACGCCUGAGGGAGGCCAUGAAUGAUGUGGUGGGCGACCACAAUGUCGUGUGCCCAGUGGCCCAGCUGGCUGGGCGACUGGCCGCCCAGGGUGCUCGGGUCUAUGCCUACAUCUUUGAACACCGUGCGUCCACACUCCCCUGGCCCCUCUGGAUGGGGGUGCCCCACGGCUACGAGAUCGAGUUCAUCUUUGGGCUCCCUCUGGAACCCUCGCUAAACUACACCGUCGAGGAGAGAGCCUUUGCCCAGCGACUGAUGAGAUACUGGGCCAACUUCGCCCGCUCAGGGGACCCCAAUGAACCCCAGGACCCCAAAGCCACGCAGUGGCCACCGUACACCGCGGGAGUGCAGCAGUACGUCAGCCUAAAUCUGCGGCCGCUGGAGGUGAGGCGGGGUCUCCGCGCCCAGGCCUGCGCCUUCUGGAACGGCUUCCUACCCAAAUUGCUCAGCGCCACCGACACGCUGGACGAGGCGGAGCGCCAGUGGAAGGCCGAGUUCCACCGCUGGAGCUCCUACAUGGUGCACUGGAAGAACCAGUUUGACCAUUACAGCAAGCAGGAUCGCUGUUCAGACCUGUGACGCAGGCGGGACCCCCACGCCCCGCCGCCCUGCCCGCCCCUCCCGGCCCACUAGCUGUAUAUACUAUUUAUCUAGGGGCUGGGAUAUAACAGAGGAGCCCUAGACCCUGCCCCCCCCCCGACUUUCCCCCUGGGUUCCCGGUCUUCUGCAUGUCUCGGCCGAGCCCCCUCCCCCGCGGUGCCUUCGCCCCUCUGGGCUGCCAAUAAACUGUUACAGCCACAGGCGUGUACGCGACUGGGAAGCGGGGGUUGGACGGAAUGCCUAACCACGGGGCUGAGGGAAUGGAAGGGUAGGCGCCGGAGCCCGCGGACUGGCAGACUCUGAGCCGCGACGCUGCGCGCCCGCCCCUGCGUGGCGGAACUCGCGCCUGCGCAGAAGGGAGGUGCGGGCUUGGCGGAGGGGCCCGCGGCGGUGCAUUGUGGGAACCCCGCGGGUCGGCGGAGCCUCCACAGUGCCCUCCUUCAGCUGCUGCCUGGUUCCCAGCAAGAAAGUCGCCAGGUCCUGUGUGCCUGUUCUGUCCGCAGCUAGCCCAAGACCCAGGGCCAAGAGUAAGCGCUGGAG